AUGGCCACGGAGCUCCCACCUGAAGACAUGGGCUCUGACGACUGCCUGAGCUCAUACACACACAUCUACAGCCCGGAUCUGCUCAAGGACCAAGUGGCUUUCAUUACCGGUGGUGGAUCUGGAAUCGGACUCAGAAUCGCUGAAAUAUUCAUGAGACACGGCUGUGACACAGUUAUUGCGAGCCGGAAUCUGGACAAACUAAAAGAGGCUGGUCAUAAACUGACCACUGCCACUGGACGACGGUGCCUCCCUCUGGCUCUGGAUGUGAGGAAACCCGAGAGCAUCACGGCUGCUGUGGACCAGACCCUGCAGGAGUUUGGCCGAAUAGAUGUCCUCAUUAACAAUGCUGCAGGGAACUUCCUCUGUCCUGCAUCAUCGCUGUCCUUCAACGCCUUCAAGACCGUGCUGGAGAUUGACACCAUGGGCACCUUUAAUACCAGCAAAGUGGUCUAUGAAAAGUGGUUCAAGGAUCAUGGAGGUAACAUUGUGAACAUUUCUGCGACUCUUGGCUACAGAGGACAGGCCCUGCAGGUGCACGCCGGCUCCGCCAAAGCUGCAAAUGAUGCAAUGACCAAACAUCUGGCGGUGGAGUGGGGUCCCAGUGGAGUCAGAGUGAACACUGUGGCCCCUGGUCCUAUCUCUGGGACCGAGGGCUUCCGCAGACUUGGUGGACCGAGAGGGGAAUCUGCCGGUGCUUUCCAGUCUAUUCCUCUUCAGCGAGCGGGCAACAAGACGGAGAUGGCCCACUGCAGCCUGUUCCUGGCCAGUCGAGCUUCUUCUUACGUGACCGGAGCCAUUCUGGUGGCAGACGGCGGCGCGUGGCUAACUUCAGCCAAUGACUUUGCUAUGCUCCUGGGUGUUUGGUCAUCUGAAAAAGAACAAAGACCAGUGAAAUCUGAGAGCAAAUAG